GGUAAGGGUUGGGCUGCGGGGGGCUGAUGUCAUGUAGUCGCAACGAGCUUUCUUUUUUGAUAUCUCAUAUCUCUAUUCAAGUACCUACCUAUCCGUGUUUGUAGGUUUGGAAUUCGAUUUCCUUCCUUCUUUCUGUCCGCGGUCAAAUUCCGUGUUGAAGAAUUAUACGUACCUCCAUCCUCAGCUCAUAUAAAUGCAAGAUGCCUCCGAAGAAGAAAUCUAUCAAUAGGAAACGUACCGCUUCUUCUCCCCCAUCACGCUCCCCCGAGAAAGCAAAACGCAGCGGGCAUGGAGCCUCUCAUCCCAAUCCGCGCACCACCGAAGAGAGCGGCACGGCGAAGCGCGCUUACUAUCCCCCGGAGAUGAGCAACGUGCAGGCGCGCGCAUACGCGAACUCAGAACUGCUUCGACCGAUCGAGGAUCUGGAAGCGGCGCUCUCGGAGACGCGGGUCUCUCGCGAGGGGAUCGCGGGCGGGAAGGCGGUGGUGCAUUGGUUCAAGAGUGAUUUGCGGACUCGGGAUAAUCGGGGACUGGAGCGGGCUAGUGAGAAGGCGAGGGAGGAGGGCGUUCCCCUCAUUGCGAUGUAUAUUGUUAGCCCGCAGGAUUGGGAGGCGCAUUUGACGGCACCGGUUAGAGUUGAUUUCAUACUUAGGACGUUGGAGGUGUUGAGGGGGGAUCUGGAGAGGUUGGAUAUCCCGCUGUAUGUGGAGACCGUGGAGAAGAGAAAGGAGAUCCCGGGACGGAUCUUGGAGCUUUUGGGGGAGUGGGAAGCGAGUCAUUUGUUCGCGAAUGUGGAAUAUGAGGUUGAUGAGUUGAGAAGGGAUGCUGGUCUGGUUAGAGCAUGCUUAGAACGUGGGAUGGCCAUGGAUGUUCUCCACGAUACCUGUGUUGUGCGUCCAGGGGAGCUGGUGAGCGGGGUGGGAAGACAGUAUUCUGUUUACACCCCAUGGUUCCGUGCUUGGGUUGCACAUAUCCAUAAGGAUCCCACACUACUCGAUCUUCUUGGGGAGCCGCACAAGAAUCCUGAUACUGCGAGACAAAAAUACGCCAAAUUAUUCGAGACCACGAUACCCAGCGCACCUGACAAUAAGAAGUUGAGUGACGAAGAGAAGAAGCGGUUUCGUUCUAUGUGGCCAGCGGGAGAACACGAGGCACAUGAACGUCUCAGGAGGUUUCUAGAAGAACGAAUAGGAGAGUACCAAGAGCUGCGCAAUUUUCCAGGAGAGCAGGGUACAUCGUCCCUCAGCGUACAUUUCGCCAGCGGCACUCUGAGCGCGCGAACCGCAAUCCGAACUGCACAGGACUAUAACACCACCAAGAAACUAGAUGGCGGGAAAGAAGGAAUCCAAACUUGGAUCAGCGAGGUUGCCUGGAGAGACUUCUACAAGCACGUCCUAGCUCACUGGCCAUACAUCUGUAUGAAUAAGCCAUUCAAACUCGAAUACACCAACAUAGCCUGGGAAUACGACGACGACCACUUUGCCGCCUGGUGCAGCGGUAAGACUGGCUACCCGAUUGUCGAUGCCGCGAUGCGCCAGCUGAACCAUUGCGGCUGGGUGCACAACCGCUGCCGGAUGAUCGUGGCGUCCUUCCUGGCCAAGCACCUCCUGCUGGACUGGCGCAUGGGCGAGCGCUAUUUCAUGGAGCAUCUGGUAGAUGGCGACUUCGCCUCUAAUAACGGCGGGUGGGGAUUCAGCUCGUCGACGGGUGUCGACCCGCAGCCCUACUUCAGGAUCUUUAACCCGUUGCUGCAGAGCGAGAAAUUCGAUCCCGAGGGUGAGUAUAUCAGGACCUGGAUCCCGGAGCUGAGGGGGGUGGAUGAUAACAAGGCAAUCCAUGACCCGUAUGGAAGAGGGAUGGCGACGGAGGCGAGAGAGAAGGGAUACCCGGAGCCCAUUGUUGACCAUAAGGAGAGUCGAGACAGGUGCUUGGCUAGAUACAAAGAGGGAUUGGGAAGGGAGACGGCUUGAGCGUCUUUCUGGUGGAUUACCAUUUUGGAAAACGGGUUGCAGAACGAGAACUUUCUUCUUCAUGCCUUGCCGCUGCUUGGCGGUGGGAGGAACAUUCAACACUCAC